AUUUGUUUUUGAGAUAAUCUCCCUACCUUUGCCCAGGCUGGCAUAUCUUGAACUCAAGAUCAGCUUCUAUGACCAUAGCUGGGAUUACAGGUGUACACUAUUACUCAACUACUUUAUAGUAUGCACUCAACUAACUCCAUAAAACAAAAUUAUAUAAUUAUAUAUCAUAUCUCAUUAUAUGUAGUAAUUUUCCACUAUUAAGUAAUAUGAUAGUUAUUUUAUCAAUAAGAAAACUGAAGCACUGAAAGAUUAAGUCGUUUGGGGUUUCAUAGGUAGGAAGUAAUAAGGUUCGAACAGGUAGUUCAAUGGCAUGCUAAGUCCAUAAUAGCUAAAGAAUAGUCUGACCUCAGAAAUCAAGACACUGGAUUUCACUGUACGAAAUACGUUAUCAGAAAAAGGCAACUUUUUGGCCUUAAAUUCAACGAAUAGGCUAUUAGGCCGGGGGGAGGGGGAGGGGAGUUCUUUGUUCUGUGAUGAUGUCAGGAUAAACUGCCACUAGGUUAAGAAAAUGGAAUGGCUGCUGGAGGACCUGCUUGGGACCCAGGGACAUAUAGGACUUCUCUGGGACCAGCUGACAUACAUUCUGGCCUGUAGACACUGUGGCAGCAACACUUGCUUCCAGAGUCCAGGGGAUCUGGUGAUACUAUUUUUGUUCAUUGUUUGGCAGAUCCGAAGAUGGUCGCAGCUUGGGAGGUGGCAACAGCUUCAGCCCUGGUGCCCUGGAGAUACAAUGCAAGGCAAGGGCCUACCAUUUUUGUACCAUUUGGCCUUCCUUAAUCACCUGUGGAAGCAGAAAUCAGAGGAGGAAGAAGAAGAGAGGGAAGAAGGGGAAGAAUCAUUUUUGGAUCUACUGAAACCAAGUUCUCCUUUCAAAGAAGUUCCCAUUGGAAAGCAAGGCACCACAAUCCCACCCCAGCUGUCCUGUGGUUCUGAGGGCCUUCCCCAGGCCACAGAAACACCACAGCAAACAAUUACACAGCCCUCAAGUCCUUUUAGGUCCUACCCUACCAUCCAGAUUCUGACCAACUUCCCUGUGAGGAACAAGACAGCACCAGGGAGCUACCUACAGCAAAAAAGAAGCCAGCUCUUCUGGGGUUUUCCCUCUCUGCACAGUGAGUCCUUGGAGACUAUCUUCCUGAGCUCAGAUGGCCCAUCUCCCCUGAAAAUGUCUAUUUAUCCUUCUGUUUUCUUCAACAAGCUUGCCUUCUUGCCUAAGUACAACCUGUCGCUUCCCCUUUAUCACUCUCCAAACCAGAUUCCUACCCAUGAAGUCCAUACUAUGGAAGAGCUGGAAGAAAUGGCCCACAAUCCUCAGCUAAUUUCAUCUCCAUCUUUCCCUUCUACCCCAACACUAUCCUUCCAUAAUUCUAAGCCCUUGCUUAUGGAUCCCAAGAGAGUCCCAUCUAGUGCUGAGGCAGAUAUAAGUUGGCUUACACAGCAGAAAGAGGUUUCUUGUGUUUCUGAGGAUCAAAUCCUGCACCUAGAUCCUAAACUCCAAAGAAUCAUACCCUCUACGCUCUUAUCUUCAUCUGAGGCCUGCUGGAGUAUGACAUGGGACCCUAGCCUCCAUAAAAACAAUCCAGGGUCACCUUCUGCCUCUCUUUUGUAUCCCUCUAUCCCUCUGGGAACCCAGGUUAGGUUUGAGGCCUCAUGGAGGACCAUGGGGCAAAUUGAGCACAUGAAAAUUUCUGAGCCAGCAAUGCUAGCUCCUACCCCAGCUUCCCUACCAGAAUUCCAGAGAGUCAAUCCUAAAGAAAGUAUGUGUGAAUCUAAGGCCAUCCAGGAAACCAGAGAGCAAAAAAAGAAUCCUUUGAUCUCUGAUACCCUAAUCCUGACUCCUUGUCAACCCAUAGUAGCCAUGACAGAACCUCAAGGAACUAGCCCUCCUGUUUACAAAGCUCAGCUGGGAACCACAGGACCUACUCGUGAGAGCCCUGAAGCUUCUAAGCCCCUAGUAACAGCCUCCUGCCAAUUCCCAGCGUCUCUGUCAGAUCCCCAAAAAGUUAACCCUAGAGAACUUUCUGCUCUUAAAGACUUCUGGGAAACAAUGGAAUACAGAGAGAGUCCUCAGGUUUCUAUGUCUCCAAUGCCAGUCACAUCCCCUCUAGAUUCCCUGUUAGAACUCCAGAAGAGUCUCCUAGAAGAUCCAUCUGAAGAUGAUCCUCGGUGGGAAUACAGAGAAAACUCAGGAAACCCCUGGGCCUCUGAGCCCCAAGCUUUGGAUCUCAACACAAGUGUCUAUGAAACUAGCCUUGCAUGUGUCCCAUCAGGAUCUGCGACCUCACAGAAGGGAACACAGAGUAGAGAACAUGUUUGGGUCUCUGUAGAAGCAGUUUCAUCUACCAAACUUCCUUCAGACUCUCUGCUGAAGUUUCUAGUAGUAAGUUCCCAGGAAGACCUGUCAGAGUCCAAAGCUUUGUUGGAGACCAAAGAGCACAGAGAGAAGUUCUGUGUAUCUGACUUCACAGACUCCACCCAGAGAUCACCUCUAGUCCCCUUUAUAGAAGGCAAUAAGCAUUCCAGGAAUUCCUGGGCUUCUGACUCCCCAUCUCGGGCCCUCAGACUACCAUGUGCUCUUGCACUACAGUCUCUCAGAAUUAGCCCCAUGGUGGUCUUGUUUGAUUCUAAUGCUAAGUAUAGGGACAUACAAACAAGAAAGAACUCCUGUGCCUCUGAGCUUCAAGCUUGUAGCUUACCCCAAAGGCUCCAUGGAGCCAGCCCCUUAAGAGCUGGGUCUGACUCUGAGCCUGUUGGGAAGGAUAUGGCACAGAUAGAAAACUGUCAUGUUCCUAUGACCCCUAACCAAUCCUCAAAUCCUAUUUCAAAAUGCCACAUAAGUGAGACAUUUGGAGACCAAUGCAACUGUAAGCCUGAAGGGGACACAGUGGAGCAGAAAAAGAACUGCCGGGCCACUGAGCAACAAGCCCCCAGCUCACUGUCAGCAACUUCAUUAAAAUUACACAUUGACCUUGAGUUUGUGUGUAGAAAUGUGCAAGAAAGAGAAAUUCCCCAAGGCCCCAGUCUUCUAUUAUUGAAUACCCUGUGUCCAGUAUCUUGGCCUCCAACCUUAACCAAAGUCCUGAAGAUUGAGCCCACUGAGCUUGAUGUGCCAAAAGGAGAGAUGUUCUUGGAAACUAAGGCAAAGGCCCUAUCCUCCCAGAGCAAGGCUGUCCUAGAGGUGCUCAGUCACCCUGGGAUCCAUGUCUGGCAAUGGAGUAGAGAACUGGAGCUCAAGCUGAAGAGACUGCACCAGAGCCCUUUCAAAUCUUCUGGCCUCGGUCGACCAUUUUGCUAUUCCUGUGCCCUGAGCUCCACCACUCCAGAUUCCUCAGAACCCUCUUCCUGUCCCCCACAGCAGAUUCCACAUCUUAGUCUGCCCUAUUCUUCAAGUUGUCAUCCCCCCAAAAUUCAGCCUGCAGAGGUUCCCCAUUGUCAUCACUUCCACUCUUCCCAAUCUCAGCUACAGGCUCCUGAUAGGGCAAAGCAAGAGUCUCAGAAAACAGAGAGAAUUGAGGUGAAGAUGGUGACCCAAGUCCCAUCCCAGGGGUCAAGUAUUCACACAGAGGCUGAUGAGAACCAUCCAGGCCUGAGAGACUCCUCAAACACAGGGGAUCCGGCUGCAGGCAAAAGACAGGACAAAGUUUUAGCUCUAUCUUUAGCCCAAAAGGCAGAGUUUCUCAGAAAACCUAAAAAGGGAGAAUGUGGAAGAGGGAAGGCAAGAUUGGGCUCAUGUAAAGUCAUAGGGAAAAGCCACUCUUCCCAGGCCUGGAGGAUAACAGAGGCAAACAAAUAUUCCCAGAGGUUUCAGCACAGGGAUCAGAGCUCUCCACACACUACCCUGCCUCAGCAGCUUCUCCCCAAGGCUAAGCAGAAGGUAGGUUUGAUAACUGGUAAUAUCCAGGGCCCUCACCAUUGUAAGCACUGUCCUUGGGCCCACAUGGAAAAGCAUCUCCCAAGCUCCAUCUCCCAAGGUCCCCAUACCAGGGGUUUCCAAAGUGUGUUAGCUAAAUUCUUGGGUAUACGUGGACCCCCGAGCCCACCAAAUCCAGUCAAUAGAGGAAAGGCUGAUAGUACUGGCACCUAGUAUUCCACGGCUUGCACUAAACCAGAUGAGGGAUAAGAAACAGGAAGAGAAAUUCCUAAUAAAGCAGCUAAACUAGACAAACACAACUAGAAGUAUGUCUUCUUUGGGGCCUAGAUACUGGGAUAUCAGCUUCCUAUUAGCUUCUGAUGUAAUGGUAUCUCUUGAGAAUCAAGGUGAGGCUCAAUGCUGCCCUUCAGAAGGAAAGACUUAAGUGAACAGAAAAACAUCCAUUCUGAACAGUACAUCUAGUCUGGGUCUAGACAACUAUUCUUAAUUCUAGA